AUGUUCCUUGGCAACUAUAUCAUCCUGUGCCCAAGCAUCACUGCCUACAGUCGCGUUACUAGUGCACUGUCCCUGUCCUGGCAGAUCUUCAUCCGUAGCACGGACUGUGAUCGGACACUGAUGAGUGCAGAGGCCAAUCUGGCAGGCCUCUAUCCCCCAGAGGGACAACAGAUGUUCAACCCUAACAUCUCCUGGCAGCCUAUCCCUGUGCACACAGUGCCUGAGUCUGCAGAAAGGCUACUGAAGUUCCCUUUGACCCCCUGUCCACGGUAUGAACAGCUCCAGACUGAAACACGGCACUCAGCAGAAUACAUAAAUAAGACCAAAGAGAAUUGGCAAUUCCUGCAGAUGGUGGCCAAUGAGACUGGCAUCCCAGAUGUCUCUCUCGAGAGCGUAUGGAGUGUGUACGACACACUGUUCUGUGAACAAGCACACCAAAUGGACUUGCCUGCAUGGGUGACACCAGAUGUCAUGACUCAUUUGAAGCAACUAAAAGACUUUGGUUUUGAAUUUCUGUUUGGGAUCCACAAUCGGGUAGAAAAAGCUCGUCUGCAAGGCGGGGUCCUGCUGGAUCACAUAAGGAAGAACCUAACCAAAGCAGCAAACGUUUCUGCCCAUCAGAACCUGAAACUACUUGCCUAUUCAGCGCAUGACACCACACUUGUGGCACUGCAGAUGGCUCUAGAUGUCUACAACAAGAUUCAAGCACCAUACGCCUCAUGUCAUUUAUUUGAGCUGUACCAAGAGGAUGAUGGUAACUUCUCUGUGGAGAUGUUUUACCGAAAUGAGAGUGGGAAGGAACCCUUCCCACUGACACUCCCUGGCUGUCAGCAUAAAUGCCCACUGCAAAGAUUCUUGGAACUUACAGAUCCUGUUGUUCCCCAGGACUGGGAGCAAGAAUGCCAGGUAGCAAGCAGCAUGCAUGACACAGAACUGUUCGUGGGUUUGGCUGUGUGUGGAUCCAUUCUCCUUCUCCUUAUAAUCCUCCUCUUGACUGUACUCUUUCGCAUACAGUCUCAGCCCCCUGGCUACCGACAUGUUUCCAAUGAGGGGGAGGAGCAGGCCUGACAGUUGCUUCAACUCCUUCCCAGGCAGUAGGAGGGAG